AUGUCUUCGACUUACGACCUCUCCGCCGAAGAAAUCAGCAAACUGGCGGCGCUGGCCUCAGAAGCAAAACAGACAGCCUACUGCCCAUACAGCAACUUUCGCGUCGGCGCAGCACUCCUUUUGGAUACUGGCGCCUAUCACACCGGCGCCAAUGUCGAAGUCGCUUCCACGCCCGUCGGCAUCUGCGCCGAGCGCUGCGCCAUCGCCCCCAUUGUCGCCUCGCUGAAACGGCCCGACAUGCCGCUCAUUCGCGGCCUGGCCGUCAGUACCGACAUCGACCCGCCCGCCAGCCCUUGCGGCAUGUGUAGACAGUUCAUCAAUGAGUUUUGCUCCACGAAGAUGAAGGUGUGGAUGUAUGGGAAGAGUUGGGAUGAGGGGAGCAGAGGGGAGGGGGAGGUGACGGUUAUGACGAUUGGGGACUUAUUGCCGCUGAGCUUUAAUGGGCGGGAUAUGGUGAGUGUCAUCUUGCUCGAGGCCUAG